AUGGGCUCCGAAGCUGAGGUUUGUCGCCUCGUUAGACCGGAAGCUCCCCCAGCCGGUUCAGGAUUUGUGGUCGACUUUUACUGGGCUGCGCAUGCUGUGUGCUGUCGCAUGCUCGAGAUGCCAAAGGUACUCAUCAGACGCAGGUUACAGCUGCUCUGUCGUGUUGCCGGUCCUAACAGAAGUAACCUGUGCUUUCCAACUUUCCAUUUGCUCGGCGCAUGCGUCGUGCCGCCAGACCUGAUGGCCAUGUCGGCCCUCGCAGUGUCAGGUCUAGGUGUGUGCAAAGGCCAAGGUUGGGGUGGAGAGGAGUAA